UGACAGAGUGUACAACCAUGUGAAUUGCUAAUUGCUUAUGUGUCACCGUAGAGGAAGAUAUCUAGAGAAUAUGCUGCCAGUAGUAUUAAUCAUAAAACAGCUUUUCAAAUUAGAUUAAUUUCAUGCAUGAUGUUUCACUACUAGACCCGUGCAGAGCAUUUUGGGUAGGUAGUGCAUGACUGGAAGCAGAAAGAACUUCGGUUGGCACAUACAUCUGUUCUUUGAUAUGUAUUUAGUUAUUAAAACGUGAUCUAAAAAUUUUUCAGUUGUUCAGAUGCUAAGUUCUCCUGUGGUUUUCUAGGUGUUGCUCUAACAUCUUCAGCAUGUUUCUCCUAGAUGCUGCAAGAAGAAAAAACCCCAGGGAAUAACUGAAUGAGUAUGAAAUGAUACUUGAUAACACAGAAAAGUGAAAUAUAGAAAAAUGAUUCUGAUCCUGAUGGUGGAUUGUGGAUGAUUGCUCACGAGAUUAGUGGUAAUCAGUUGCACCAAAAUGUCCUUCCCCAUCAGAUUAGUAUCAGAAGUUAGAUAAAUCUGAAAUGAUCAAGAGAUGUUUCUGUAACUCAAGUGAUGUUAAAACAUUUUCAAAUGACUAAACAAGCAUUCUAUUUCAAUUUCUCUAUAACUAAUACUGCAUUAUAAACAGGUGAAUGUCCGUGAUGUGUUUGAACAAGAUAUUUGUGACUUGACAAUAGCUUCAGAAAAGUUGUCCAGUAACAAUUCUAAGCAGUUCUUAGGGCCAGAAAUCAACAAGAUUGUUUUUGACCCCCUGAAAACUCACUCCUGCCUAACACGUCUGUAAUGUACCUCUAAGACUGGCAGAAGAGGCUUCGGGUAAAAGGUAGCUGUGUUUUAAAAGGAGAUGACAAGAAAAUCAAGCAUUUGUACCUCACCCAGUGAAACCAGUGUCAUGUCAUAGAACGCUUCAACUGUAAUCUUCUAGAAGUUUUUUUUUUAAAAAAAAAAGAGAAGAUGAUCAGUAGAAAAAUGGUGAUGUGUCAUCUGGGUUUUGUGAAAGCAAACAAGAAGUAGUUGUAAGUAACACUAUUGGUCCUAUCUUACUCUACCCACCAAGGACUGAAAAAAAAGUGAUGAUCUGCUUCUCACCCCAGCAUAGUUAAGAAUGAUGUGAAACCCAUUUCUGUGUUUGUGAUCCCAGCCCCUGGGAGAAGAGUACAUGCCUGAAAUUCAGGUGGGCUUAGAGCUGUGAGUGUGGGAGGUACCUUGGGAAGGCCUUAAGUCUGACUUUUCCCUUCCCAACCCUGCCUUCCAGAAGCUCUCACUUUUGGUACUGCUAUGCUGUUAGUCCUUGGCACCCCUGGCAGUCUUAAGUUGUAUGGAAUUGCUACAGAUAGAAACAUUUCCCUUAGAUCGUUUCCACGUGUUCUUUCUGAAUGUCAGGAAAGUCUUGCUGCCAUUUCAUCUUUUUUAAGUAUGGUGUUAAAAACUAUUUGCAGAAUACUAGAUCCAGUUUUGACAUUGUUCAGGAUAGAAGGCAUUAACUCUGCACAUCCUGUAGCCUUCACUCUACUACAACUCGAUAUGUUGCUGUUUGCUACAGUGCAGCAGAAGUAUUGACUCUGGCAAUGUGGGGACUUCUAUUACCUUGUGCUGUAUUUCACAUAGCUGCACACCAGCAAUUACUCCCAAUCUGGUAAUUUGCUCAGUUGUUUAUUUCUACCUGACAGGAAUUUCCUGCUCUUCUCUUCUUAAGAACUCUCUUUUUCUUCCCAGGUCUAUGAGAAUCCUUUCUCAUUCCAUGUCUAAACUUCCAAAUUUUAUCUUGAGGGCUGACUUCAGAUAUGUUCUAUCUGUCACCUGGAUCAAAUGCUUUUGUUACUCCUACAUCCAAGAAGGGGUGUUUGUGGAAAAAAAAAAUGUUUAAAGAUGUAAGAUUUUGCUGCUCCUCACAGGGAAAAAAGAAGCACUUUUGAGAAUGACUUUCAUUACUUUUGAUAGUAGGUAAGAGUUUGUUCAGUUUGGGGUUAUCUGGACUUUCAUCUUCUGUAACUGUCUCUAUUAGAGACAACAAUGCAAAAAUACAUCUUUGGGCAUGAUCUGAAUUCUAUCUUUUCUGAGAGUGUCUAGUACUUCCACCCUGGGAUUCUGCUGUCAUCUUGUGUUUGCUGUGUUUAUCAGCAACAAAGGAAGUGAUUGUUCUGACUUCUUAAAGUAUGUUGAGGUCAUCUGCACUGACAAAAGAAAAACCAAACCUAGUCUACUUAAACUAUGAAAGUUUUGGCAUUUUGCUUAGUACUGGCUUCUGUUUGUGACCUUUCAGUCAAAAGAAAUGCAUCCUUAUCUAGAAAGUUUGUAAUGGGAACUGAAGCUGAAAAAAGAAUGUGAAGUCAUAGGCAAAGGGGAAAGAGAGGACAGAUAAAGGGAGUGUUCUUUGAGUAGUUUUUAGUGCAAAAGAGAAAAGGAAUCAGACUACUAGUACUUGGUUUAUUUAAAAAUAAUAAAAAAAACUUGGAGAUUUUUUUAAAUGCAUGAGAGAAACUAGUACUUCAUGUCUUUAAAUGUGUACUGAACUAAAGACAGAGUGCAAAAAAUCAUGGUGUUGGGGAAGGCAGAAGAGUUGGGUGAGCUCAGCUGAGCGCUGCAGACCAGAGGUGAGCUGUGUUGGGAGAAUGUUUCAUGCUGGCUCUGGCUCCCCCUCCCCAUGCACCAGGCUCUGCACCUAUACAUGGAGCAGCCUUGAUAUUGCAGCAUGUUUUGGUAGCUGGUGCUGGCACAGCUUCAAGGCUUUCUCCAGCUCCCCCAGAACCAGCAGGCAGCAGGGAGCAAGAGGUGAGUAGGGGGCAUGGCUAGAGCAACUGGCCCACACCAUCCAGAGGGAUGUCCUGCAGCCUCUGAUAGCUGGCUCAGCAAUAAAAGUGGGACAGAGGGGGCUCUGGUUGUGAAAGCAUGUUGUCCUUCCCAAAUCUGCAUCUGUCGAGGCUCUGUAUCCUGGGAUGUGGGUGAAUAUUGCUUUCUGAUGAGAAGUAGAGAAUUAUUAUUUUAUACUUUUGCUUCUACACAGUCUUUGAUAUUUUACUUUUCCUUUAACUAAGCAACUCCUUAUCUUAACUUCGAGCUCUUUUUUUCUUUAUAUUUUCUCCCCCUGCCCCAGGAAGGGAGGUAAAGAGAGAUGUGUUGGAGCCCAGCAGCCUUUCAGUUAAAGCACAGAUCACAUCACUGUAAGGGCUGCUGCCAAAGUCAGGCUUCUUGUUUUUCCAAGCUGUAAUGCUCUUUUCUAAGGGAGGUUGAGCCUUGUUCUUAAUUGGUUAGGGCAUACAAUACAUAUGCUGUCCUUAUCUUUAAAAGCUCUUAGUGCUUCAGUUGCUUAAUCUUUUCUGUCUCUUGAGUUGAGUUUUAAUGUAGAAUUUCUGCUGAAGCUAUUCCUCAGGAUAAAAAUUGGAAAAGUAGUUAUUAUGGUAAGCCAGUGCUGGCAGUUGGCAAGGCAGAUUUGCAUGUCCUACCAAAAUCAGGGCGAAGUCAAGGUAGAGGAAAGUUAUUCAAACUAUUUCUAGUCCUCGCCUAAAAUCUGAGCGAGGCAGUGCAGAUAAACUCAACACCAUGUUGAAUAUGAACUAGUACUGGUUAAAUGUUAGGAGGAUGGUGAAACAUCUGCUGGAUGGACAUGUGGAGGAAGAAAACUUUUUUUUUUUUGCUAGUAGUUAUUUGUUUUUUAAUAUAUUUUUAUUAUAUGUUUUACAUAUAUUUAUUACCUUUUUUUAGGAAAUUCCAAGGGAUGUCUACUGUGUUACCAUAGUCUAACACUUGAGCAUUUGUAUGAUAUUGUGCUAUCUAACACUAAUUGUAUUUACUGGUAACAAAAAUAGGAACAUAAAACCUCCCUCAAAUUCAUGUUCUUCUGUUGAAAUCAAAAGUUUUUUUUCUCAAAUCACAUUUUAGAAUUUCUAUCCUUCGAAUUUUUGUUUUGUGCUUAAAGGCAAAUGGUUAGUCAUGUGCUUCAUCCAUUACCACCAAACUUCAGACAGGGUAACAAAGCAGUACACUGAUGUUCUAUCUCUGAUAGGUGGCAUGUUUUUGGAGGCCUCUUCUUCCUUCUGUCUUUUCCUUUGUCUUCCCAAAAAACAAUCUCGUACUGCUCUUCCAAAAAACAGCCGUGGUUUCCAGUUGCUGCUAUUGCAAGGAGAGGAACAAGCACUGUCUGGCCCUAAUCUCUCUGCCCUUCUCCUGCUGGAGUGAGAAGGCUGUGCAAAAAGCCUUCCUCUGGGCAGGAUGUGUGCAUGAGGACAGCACAGAGCAGCGAUGGAGUAAUACCUCUUCAGAGAAAUACCUCUGAAGUGUCAGAACCUGAUUCUGGUACUGUGUAUUCUUAGGGUCGUAUAAUCACUUGAUGAUAUUAUUUUACUGUUACUGGCAUUCAUUCUAUCAAAAUUGAUAGGGGUUAGACUGGUAGCACAGUGGAUAUCAACAUGCUGGCGUCAAGUGUGCGUAAAUACUUUCAAGAGUUUAAUUUGAAGUGACAUAAUAAAUAACUGUGAAGAGUCCAGCAGUGUUCUUGGAGUUCACAGCGUGUAAAUCUGAUGUAGUUAAUGUUUUUCUUCACUCUCUAAGUGGUGUUAAAUGCAGAAUUACUUUGCCAUUAAAGUGGACGAGGUGACAAUAACCAUCUUUUUUUUCCUCACAAAGAUGUUCAAGUAUCUUUAAUUGCCUUUACUGUGUUUCUGAAGUUAGGCCCACAGUGGGAAAAAGUAUGUGGUUAUGUUUGCAAAAGGGAUUCUUUGCGCUACUGAGAUUCCAGAGACCUAAAUUGGUCAGUCUGUUUGAAGAUACAACCAGCUGAUGUUCCAGUCAUGAACAAAAUAAUCAGUUUAUGUAAUUCAAGAGGUAAACAAAAAAAAUUUAUUUUAAUUUAGUGUGAAUUCAGUAGAAAGACUGACGGCUUAUUGAACGGGGACUGCAGGCUAGUUUCAGCCGCAGGCAAAGAUAAGGAGCUGUGCAAGUAAAAACAUUGACUUAGUGGAAUUCCUCUGCUCGAAAGAGUGCAAAAUGACCUGGAAGGUUAAUGAAAAGACAGUAACUAAUGCCUGAAAAAUAAAUCCCUAAAGCAUAUUCCAUUUGUUAACAUCAGCUCAACUACGUGUAUAUUGCUUAUGGAAAUAACACUGUUCUGUUCUCAAAUAUCCUAAUGAGCAGUAUAAAGUCACUGCUAAACCAAAGACUUUGAAGAAGGAACUUUUGGAUUAGCUAAUCAGAUUGUUUAGUGAAAUAUUUAGUUUUUAUUUCUGGUAUGGUUUUCCAAGGUGUAGAUAAAUCCCAAUCAAAGAAGCGAAAUUCUCUCUGAACGUUGUUAUGAAAAUAAAUGUGCUAGUUUUUUUUUUUUUUUUAAUUUGGAGUUUGUGAGCAUAAUAAGGUAUUUCAAGAAUUUCAGUGCUAACCUGGUUGUAGUGGGAGGAGAGGUGGGAAUUGCUACUAUAGCAUGUUGUUUUAAAUUAUUUACAUUUUUGUCAUUUUUAUUCUGUGACUUCCUUCUGUGAAUGGAAAUGAAGAAAUCUCUCUUGUCCAGAGUGCUGCUGCUUGUCAAAAUGAAAGUUCUUUUGUUGUUGUUGUUGUUUAAAUCCAAGUUGAAUAACUGGAAUCUCCAUCUAGGUAAUUUUGGAUGUAGAAGUAAGCCUAAGUUCAGGGGCAUAUGGCUAAUAGCUUUUGGAAUAAAAUGGCUUACCUGGGCUAACAGCUUUCAGAAAUAACUGCUAAGGAAAAGGUCCUUAUUCUGCCUUUUCAAGGUAAAGCUAGCUAAUGCUAGAGUUUGAUUUUAGAUUUUUAUUAAGUAGCUGAAAACAAGCUUUUUUUCCUCACAGCUUUUUAUUUGCAGAUAAUAUAGUUGAAUAAAUGUGUUGUGAAGCGAAGGAUGGGGGGAUGGUUAGCAGCUUUGGCAGUUUUACUAUUAAAUGCUGUGAAUCGAUAAAGAAGCAUAACAUUGGUUUUUUUUCCUGCUCAACAUAAAUUUAGUUCCAGAUCUUCAAGGAGACGUGUUCUAUUUCGUCCUGGUCAAUUGUAGUGGUCACUUCUGGGAGUUGUCAGAGCAACAAAUAUUUCAUGACAAAUUCCCCAUAAUCUCAUGCAGGAAUGGGUCAAGAAGCUGGCAAACCUGCAUGGCCAAAAUCAACAGGAGGAUAUCAGACUAUUACUGGUAGAAGAUAUGGAAGAAGGCAUGCUUAUGUCAGUUUCAGACCAUCUUUGAAUAGCCAAGAUGGAAAUCAACGCCAACACAAUGGAGAACAUGGAGGAUUAGAAUUGGGUGAUGUUCAGGAGCAGAUUUCUUUAUGUUCUGGACCAUUGGUUCAAGUUUCUCCAGGUUUAUUGGAUGAGCCUCUGUUAGAAAAUAUUGGAACUGGAGAACCCAUUUCCCAAGCUGUGUUCAGACAAACUUCUGAGGCAAACCCUUCACCAUUUUCUUAUGGUGUAGAAGGCAGCCAAAUCUCAGGGAACAUUGUGAGCCCUGAUAAAAGUUCAGAGGACCUUGCAAAAUAUGCUUCUGGAGAGUGUGAUGAUUUGAAUGGUUGCAAUGGAAUUGCUUUUGUAAACAUUGACUCUUAUGAGCCAGAUAGCAGUGAUGGAGAAGAUGAUUGUCAAGACCAACUUUGCUUGGUGAGAGAUGAAGCAGGUGUACUUCAGGAAACACUGGAUAACAUAGUUACUGAGUUAGAAAAAGAUGUGGAAUCUCUUACACAUUUACGGUCCCAAUUAUCUACUCUUAAUGGCAGAGUUUCUAGUGAAUGUUGUGAGGAAACAGGACCAGUGCCUUUAACGAGAUAUUUUAGCACAGAUUCAGACUUGACCUAUCCAAAUAACGGGACAUAUAAAAAAUCUACUGAAGAUCAAGCCAUUCUGAAAAGUAAGCUGAGUGGUGCCAGCCAUGAAACACUACAGGUAAACACGGUGAAUAUUGAAAACAGGACCUGUGUAACAACUUGUAAUGAAUUAAAUAUCAAUGAUGGGGAGACUGAACAAGGAAAUUCACCUGAACUAAUAGUGAGACCUAAAAUGAGAAAAUUUAACCCCACAAGCCAUUUGGACAGAGAGAAGCUUCCAAGUAAUAAUGAAGAAGAAAGCAAAUCUGGGAGGGAAGGUGAAAUUGCUGAAAUCCAGCAAGGCUGUGCUGAGUUUCCCUUCAGAAAUGACAAAGAAAAAUUGAGCUCCAGUACGUUCUUUGGUUCCAAGUGGUACAAUGGUCCUCAAAGCAACACAGAAGUAGACCUAAGGAGCGAUACAUCAACUCAACAACAAAAAGAUAUGCUAGAUGAUAGCAGUUUCUGGGAUGAGUUUGAAGAAUGCAGCAGACACCUAUCAGUGUCCCACAGAGAUGAAGACAGCUCAGAAUGUAGUGAUGGAGAAUGGCCUGCAACUGGGCCAAUCUAUUUUGCUGCUGCAGAGAAAGACCAGUCCUCAAGCGAUGAGAGCUGGGAGACUGUCCCAGGCAAGGAGGAACACGAACCAGAAGUGCUGAGCAGCAGCAGUGGUGUAGAAGUGAACGCAGACCCUUGUUUCCAAGGAGGGGUGCAAACGUUUUUGGAGGAAGGAGAAAUUCCUUGGUUACAGUAUCAUGAAGAAAUAGAAAGUAGCAGUGAUGAGGAAAACGAUCCAGCUAGUGGUUUUGUGCAUCCUGGAUUUUUUAUGUUGGAUGGAAACAACAACCUUGAGGAUGACUCCAGUAUGAGUGAGGACCUCGAUGUGGAGUGGAGGCUGCUGGAUGAGUUUGACGGACUGGGAGUUGCUCAAGUCAUUUCAUAUGUGGAUCCUCAGUUUUUCACUUAUAUGGCACUAGAGGAGCGCUUAGCACAAGCUAUGGAGAAUGCUCUGGCACAUUUGGAGUCUCUUGCAGUUGAUGUUGAACAGGCUCAUCCACCGGCUACUAAGGAAAGCAUAGAUUGUCUGCCACAGAUUAUCGUCACAGAUGACCAUGAUGGUCAAGAACAGUGCUGCACUAUAUGUUGCAGUGAAUAUGUAAAAGAUGAAGUCAUAACAGAGCUACCCUGCCAUCAUUUGUUUCACAAGCCUUGUGUCACCCUUUGGUUAGAGAAGUCAGGAACCUGUCCUGUUUGUCGCCAUGUGCUUGCUCCCAUGCUUCCUGAAGCAGCUGCUGCCACUGCUUCCUUUCUACCUGAUGAUGAUUCCUCAUCUUCUGUUUAGAAUGUUACAGGAGCUCCCAAGCAGGGUCUGAAAUAAACAUUCUAUUGCCAAAAUAAAUGUUAAUUGUGUUUAAUUUCAAUGUGAUAAAGUUAUACAUAAAAUACUUUGUAUACUAUAUAUUUCAGUUUCAAAAGAAGAUGGAACAAUUUUUCAACUGUUUAGGUUUACAAUAGUUUCUAGCUUUCAAUUUGAAAAUUUACAAAUGUGCACCCUUUUUUCAGUUUUCAGAGUAAUAUUGCUGGUAACUAUAAUGUCUAAAGCUUGUAUUAUGAUAAAUUUGUCUAAAAAGAUAAUAUGGCACUUUGUGUUUGCAUUCCUACAACUGCAGUGCAGUUGCAGCUUACUGAAGUUAUGCUUACAGUCUGUCUUACAUAACUGAACUAUUUGCCAAUGAGUAACUGUAAUUUAUCUUUCAUUUACAUCAGAUAUAAGGACAUUUUGUGAUGACAGCAGUACAAUUUGCUUUCACUGGAAAUGCAACGGAACAAUAUCUCAGUUUUAUUCCAUAUUAAAUUUUUUCCUGGUAUCAGAAAUGCUGUUAAAUUGCUGUUGUCUGGGCUUUUUUUUACAAAUACUGUUACCAAUUUUAAGUCUAAGUCCUGAAUGAGUGUAUGAACUUUGGAACUUCAACAUUUGAUAUUUCCGAGUUUCUGUUCAGUAACAUCUGGGCAGCUGGUUCUUUUGAGUUCUGUUUAAAUACCAUCCUACUAAAUAGACCUCCUUUACUUUCUUCUCCUUGCAUGUUCAUUCUCUCUCUUCUAGAUAUAUUUAUUUUUAUAUAUAUGUUGGGGUGGAAUUGCUUUCCUAACGCAAAUAUAAUUAAAAUAUUUUUGUCUCUUGGAGUCUUGAAGUCUGAACAAGGUAGUAACAACCUUGUGCACUUAGUUGAAAAAUACAUUUGAAUACAUGGGUGUUAGGAUAACUACUGUUAUUUCAGAAAUUUAAGAAUGAAUGUUUCUGGUGUUUGCACUUGUUGCAGUGGAUUAUGCUACACAUAGUAUUUUAAAGGAGAAAAGACUGUAAUUUCUAUAAUGUAUUUCUCUAAUUAAUACUCCAUGUCCAUUAAAGUUUUUUUGUGUACUGAAGUUAGUGUUAGAGCACAGAAAGUUAAGAUUUGCAUGUGCGUAUCUGUACUAAUGGUUGUGCAGUCCUGCACUGUUGGACCAUGGGGAUAAUAUGCAAGGAACCAAAUCCAAGCGCUCUUAAAAUUACUUUCUUCCAGUAAUUACUAGUUAAGGUCAUGGAAAGGAAGAGUGAUUAUUGAAAAAAUAAGAUUAUAGUAGCACUCAGCUACUUGGUUAUGGUUGUUGCUGCCAUAAUAGUGUCGUUCUUUACAAAUAUUAAUAUAUUCUUUGAAUAGCAGUAUAAGAUAGUAAUGCUUGUUUUUGAGGGACAUACCAAAUAGUGUAAGUUACUUUACCAUGUACUUUGUGGACAGGGGCAGAACAAGGAAUUGCUGGCUGUUGCCAUAGAUCUAUUCCUGAGGUUUUAGAUUAUGCAGUACUAAACAUGGGGUACAGGGAAGUAAAAACAAUAGGGUGUUGGUGAAAAGUGGUGAAAGUGUGGUUAGCACAGCUCCUUACAAGCUUAUUUUUCUGCAGUAAAGUUCAUCAAAGCUGACAUCAGCAGGAUUUUGAAAAAUGUGACGUGGAACGUACACUACAGGUAUACUCACUAGGACAAUUCGUGGUAAUCCAAGAAGCACUAUAAUUUUCCAAAUAUCAAUUAUAAAUCAGUGCUGGGGAGAGUGCCCAUUGAUUGCUCCUGUCAUGGCAAAUGCUACGAUAGCCUGUCUUAUGUUUCUAUCUAGAACUGCACAGUAUGAUGUCCCUCAUUUAAUCCCUUAAGAACAGUGUUUUAUAAAGAGGAUUACUUUAGAUUCUGGGGCAAGAUUUGGAAGCACUCUUGCUUGUAGCUUUUGAUUCCAUACUUAACAAGCAGUGUCAAGAGCUAAGACAGAAGCAGCUGUUGGGCUUUUUUCUUCCUUAUAUGUUACUGGCCUCAGUUCUGCUUACUAUUUCUAAACAACUAAUGAACAGCUGUCUAAGAAGAGUGCUAAAGCUUUCUUUCUUUUUCCCCUUUACCUUGAAUGUUGGUGGGUUAUCCAUAGAUCUUUCUUGGUGCCUCAGCUGAGGAAAUAGCAAAUGAAAGACCUUGAACAAGGUGUCUGCAAAAGUAUACUCCAGGUCAUACUCAGAAGAGUACCAGAAUUGUUCAGCAACACCUCAGAAGAAUCAAAUGAUAAGAUUAUUUGGAUCAUGCUCAAAUCCUAGUUGUGAUCUAGUUUUUUUGGUACAUAAAAUUGCAUCAGAUUGCUGUGCAGAUUCAGUGAUAAAAUCAGUUCAAGUAGGCCUGGUCCUUGAAAACACCUUGCAAAAUGUAAUGUUUUCCUAGAGCAACAAAAAUUAAAGAACAAAAAUUUGCUCAAGGGGAAUAUUCUGGGCAUUCUCUAGUAAAAACUUCUAACUACAACAAGAAAAUCUUUUUCCCGCAUUGGCUAAAAACAAGUAUUCAACAAAAAGGAAGAGGAAAAUGUGGAAAAAUAAGCCUGCUACAACUGAGGGUUUGUAUCAUCUCUUCGUGUACUAGUAAACUGGAUGUGUAAAAAAUCUAAAGGAGAUCAUAAAAGGGGAUAGACGAAUUACUUACUCUGAGUAAUGCUUAAGUAAUGUAGAAGUCAUUGUGAAAAAUGUGUUUCUGGUAAACUACAUAAUGUAAAAUGAAUGCUUUUUAAUAUGUAAUAAAACAUUUUUGUUGUGAAGUUAAAA